AGUCUGUCAAAUUACCCUACAUAUUAGCAAUGUCGAAGAGAGAAGUGGUGCAGUUCGAGGGCCACAAGUUUCAUGAAGCAGCGCCUGGUGUUCUCAGUUCUGAGCCAGCGGCCGGUGCGCAUUGACCGGAUCCGCUCGGACGACGAGAACCCAGGGCUGCGGGACUUUGAGAUGUCGCUUCUGCGGCUGCUGGAGCGGGUGACGAACGGGUCGCGGAUCGUGGUUUCGCACACGGGUACGUCGGUGCUAUUCCAGCCGGGAAUGAUCCAGGGAGGCAAGGUGGAGCUGGAGUGCCCGGUGAGCCGGGCGGUCGGAUACUAUCUUGAGGUGCUGGUGGCCCUGGCGCCGUUCGGCAAGGAGCAGCUGACGGCGACGCUGCGCGGCAUCACAAUGAACAACACGGACCUGAGCGUGGACACGAUCCGUACGGCGACGCUGGUGAACUACCGGCACUUUGGGCUGUCAGAGGGCGUGGAGCUGAAGAUCACGAAGCGCGGAGCACCGCCGCGGGGCGGUGGAGAGGUGCGGUUCAUGUGCCCGGUGGUGCGGCAGGUGCAGCCGCUGAUGUUUGUGGAUGCGGGACGGGUGAAGCGGAUCCGCGGUAUUGCGUAUGCGGCGCGCGUGUCGCCGCAGACGGCAAACCGGAUGGUGGAGUCGGCGCGCGGCGAGCUGAAUCGAUUCAUCCCAGACAUUUACAUUUACACGGACGUGUAUAAGGGCGCCGAGUCGGGGCUGUCGCCGGGUUUCGGCGUGUCGCUGGUGGCCGAGUCAACCACAGGUGCGCUGCUGACCGCCGAGCUGUGUGCGAAUGCGGGUGAUGCGCCGGAGGACAUUGGGCGGGAUGCGGCCCGCAUGCUGCUGACAGAGAUCUGCCGCGGUGGGUGCUUUGACGCAUCGCACCAGUGGCUGGCACUGCUGCUGAUGGUGCUGGGACCUGAGCAUGCUAUCUGCGCGAUCCUGCGUGAGUUCUUCAACGUCAAGUUCAAGAUCAAGCCGGAUCCCGAGACUGAGACUGUGCUGAUGACGUGCUUGGGCACUGGGUACAUCAACGUCGGCAAGAAGACAACAUAA